ACAAAAAGUGGGCCAUUUGAAAAGAAAUGACGAGAACAUCCAACGUUUUCGAAAUACGUGGGUUACAUCUAUGGAAAUACACAUCGCCCACUGUACUUUCUUCAUGAGAGAAAUGUUUCUUUCGAAUUGUACAUUGCUAGUUGUUCUGCAGUCAAGAUUUUGAACGGUAGUACGAUAUGGAUUCCGCAAAAAGAUUAUCCUUGACGACAUUUUUCAUUUUUUUCAUUGCAGUAGUGAAUAGUGAAGAGAACGAAACUUUGGGAGCCAUCUGGAACUUGACAGAAUACGCCAUACAAAGCAGGCAAAUAUUCCCAGGACACCCAUCUACAAAUAUUCCUUAUGGCCAACACCACAUCAACAGAUUCCAAGCCAUCAAUAACAUAAACAACAACCCAAUAUACGCAGGACACUACAAUAAAUUCCACCCAUAUCCCUAUCACCCAAAUAGUAUCCACAACUACAACCAAAACCCUUCUCAAUUUUUUGCUACGUACCAACCACAAUUACAGCAAAACCCAACAGGUUACGGGCCCUUUAGCCCACCUUUGGACUACCCAAGGCCACAGCUGAGCCAAAACCCAACAGGUUACGGGCCCUUUGGUCCACAUUUUGGCUACCCAAGGCCACACCUGGAUCAACCUCAGCACAAUAAGGGUUAUUUGUCAUCGUUCCUUCCAAGUAGAGAAUCCUUGAUGGAAGCCUUAGAUUCCAUUGCGAGAAAUGACGAAUUGCACUGCGUACCCAGGAUACUUUGCGAAGUUACAUCAGGGACUUUGUCAGCAAGACAAAGCGGCCUCAAGUUACCGUUCAAUAUCAACAUGGAUUCAAUAGUCGGGAUUUUAUCUGGAUUUAACGGCAUGGAAUUAAACCCUCUCUUCUCUUUCGGAAAAGCAGCACUUUUAGGAUAUUCUUCAAAAGGAAACGCUGGAACGUGCAUGUACGCCUACCCAGAAUGCCCAAGAGACCCGGAAAAACUUGUUGAAUAUCUCAACAACUACAACGGCGGUUUCUUCAGAUUCUUCAACGGAAUCCACCCUCAAUAUCAACAAAAUCAGCCACCAUAUCUCUUCCACAGACCUCAAUAUCCAAUCAAUUUCCAUCCAGGCCUAUACAACAAUUACAAAAACGCUGAAAAACGCAUACUAACCAGACCUGACUUCGGCGACGCACUACAGGGCGUUCGUCAACAAAAAGAAGUAAAGUUUCCCAAUAACCUCCGCGAAGUCAACAACGAACUGUAUCAGACCGAGAAUUUCCAAAAUUCCUGGCCCUCCAGAACCCUCAGGUUCCCAAUGAGAAACGAAGACGCUAACGAGAGACCUCUCAGACAACCUAAGGGACUCACAGUUUUUCAGAGACCGACGCCAGAUCACAGACCGACGCCGAUGAUUUUCCCAGACAGGACGGGUACAGGGGAGCUGAAAUUUAGCCUUGAGGAGCUUGAGGAGAACUUGAGAGGACCUUCGGCUUUCCAAAACAACAAUUUCGUAAGCUUCGGCACAGAGGAGAAUAACGAUCCUUUUUAUUCUUGGUCCUUCGAGGCGGACAGCUCCAGGCCGCAUUAUCAUGGAAUGAACGAGCUCAACAACCACUUCUUUCCGGCAUGAACGUGCUCAAAAAAAAGGAAACCUUGCUGUGAUAUAUAAAGCGUAUUCUGGAUGAUGGUAGAUAAAACAGGAAAAUGUUUGACAUUAUAUUAUUCUUUUAUUAUUUAUUGUUCGAAAGUGGUCUGGAAAUUGAAUAACAAAUAUUAAUUUUU